UGGGCCUCGACGCAGCCGGUCCCUAACGACGACUCCGAAUCUGUCUGUAUGCGAUAGCGACUCCAAGGGUCUUCCUUCGUUGACUGGUGCGGGACGCCAUGCCCUGUUCUGCCGAAUCCCAGUGAAUUGGAACCCCCGAAGCUGUCUUCGAUCCUCCGCAUCGCGUUGGGCUACUAUCGGAACUCCACGCCAGCGCCUCUCCCCCAGACAGAGAAAGCUAAACCGGAACCUGACAGUCUCUCCAAAGAACCACGCCAAAGUUGAACUGGUGCACUGGACGGCGCCCCGAUAUAGUCACGAAAAGAAACCAUGUCGAUCCGUGACCAAAAGUCCGCGGAGCGCAUCGAGGAUGGCUUCGCCCAGCUUGUUGACGCUCUGCUGUCGACCCGGGGAGACAAUGCCCCAGACGAAGACAGAGAGCUCACACCGGAAGAGGCAAGAUGGCGAAAUGGAAUUCUCGAACGCUCAUGGGACAUACUCAACACAUACACCAGCCCAGCCAACGAUCCAGCAUCGCCGUCGGGUGCUGCAGGCACGGGAAUCACCAGACGAGGAAGCCUAGCAGGCGGGGGAAAAAUCAAUAACGCGUCGGACUUGAUCAAGCGGAAGCUGUUUCGCGAAAAUUCCACCCCCGACAAGGCCGUUCGGUUCUCGAAUCUCUACUCCCGUCUGUUGACCAGUCCGGUUGUGUCGCAGAAAUGGGCUUUCCUAUACAUGCUUUACCGACUCGCGUGCCCGGAUGACUACGAAGGGUCUUGGGAUGAGGAAGGAGGAAGCGGAAGCCCGCAGGUGGAGAUGGCGAGCCUACAGAAUAUACUCUGGAAAGGACAAGGGCCGGGACAGGUCUGGGGACCGGAUCAGUUGGAUGAUGAUGGCCCUGCUAUCAGCUCGUCUGCGUCUCAGAUCCCGGCGCGGCUGGAGCGGAAGGCUUCGGUGCGACGGCCAGAAAUGGUGGUCGACCAAGGGCCAGAACCUGAGCUAGAUGCCUGGUUUCCAGCGGUGGAGAGGGCCCGAGAAACCCGGGCGACUCGUAGCCGUGCAAAUACUGGUGUGAGAGAGCCGCUCAGUGAUGAUCAGAAGACAAUACACCCGGAGGCCGCUUUGGAGAAGGAACAGAGGCUGCCGGGACCUCUUGAAAGCGGGCUUCUACGUGAUUUGCCGUUUAAUCUGCAGGGUCUGUCGUCGUCAAACCUGCAAUUCUCCUCGCCUACCACCCUGAAACUACCGCCGUCAUUGCCAAUGCCGAUGGUAUCGCUCCUCAACUCUCUCGCAGAGCCCUGUCUCCUCUAUCGUGGCUUGUCGGCUUUUGUUGAGGGCUCUGACGGUGGGCUUCUCAGCCAGAGUCUGCGAGCAGCUCUUUCAAACGAGCUUCGCUCCUAUCUAGGCCUUGUGGCCAUUCUGGAAGGAGAAAUCCGACGGGCCUUGGCCUCGCCUGCUGAUCCGAAUGAUCCUAGAAGCGCAACAAAGAGCGGCGUCACGCUGAAGCGGUGUGUUGUGUGGACUCGAGAUGCAACGAUGGCGCUACGGUUAAUGAGUUUGAUUGUCGAAGAAGCCAAAAAUAAGAAGGGCGGCCAAUUGAUCUCUCUGAUCCAUGGCUUUUCGACUUCUCAUGGUGACCCUUUUGUGUGUGCAUUUGCGGAAAAACUUCUUAAUCAUAUUACCCGACCAUUUUAUGACAUGCUGCGACUCUGGAUCUAUGAUGGCGAGCUGUCUGAUCCAUACAAAGAGUUCUUCGUUGUCGAGCCCGAGUUCAGGCCCAGCACGGACCCGCGCCGCAUUGCAACCAGUGUCUGGGAGGAUAAGUACAAGCUUGACGAUGAAAUGGUACCUUCAAUUAUCACACAAGACUUUGCCAAGAAGGUCUUUCUGAUCGGAAAAUCGUUGAACUUCAUACGGACCGGCUGUGGAGACUCUGGGUGGGUUGAGGCCUACUCAAAAGAGGCCUCGAAAGAACUGCGGUAUGGCGAUACAGCUGGUUUGGAGUCUUCCAUCGAUGAGGCCUACAAAACGACCAUGGCCCGGCUAAUAUACCUCAUGGAUGAGAAGUUCAAACUCUUUGAUCAUCUUCGGGCGCUGAAGAAGUACCUGUUACUUGGACAGGGUGACUUCAUCGCCCUUCUAAUGGAGUCACUGGCUUCUAAUCUGGACCGGCCUGCCAAUUCGCAGUAUCGACACACUCUGACUGCCCAGCUGGAGCAUGCUAUUCGUGCUUCAAACGCACAGUAUGACCCCCCAGACGUCCUUCGUCGGCUGGAUGCUCGCAUGCUAGAGCUCAGUCAUGGAGAGAUUGGCUGGGAUUGCUUUACCCUGGAGUACAAGAUUGAUGCUCCGGUGGACGUGGUCAUCACCCCGUGGGGCUCCACGCAGUACCUCAAAGUCUUCAAUUUCCUCUGGCGUGUGAAGCGAGUCGAAUUCGCGCUGGGCAGUACCUGGCGGCGGUGCAUGACUGGUGCUCGAGGCGUUCUCGGAAGCGUCAAUGACAAAGUCGGGCCUGACUGGAAGCGCGCAAGAUGCGUCAUUGCCGAGAUGAUCCACUUUGUUUGCCAACUACAAUACUACAUCCUGUUUGAGGUGAUUGAGGCCAGCUGGGAUCAGUUGCAGGCGUCCAUCUCCGAGCCCGGCUGUACGCUGGAUGACUUGAUCGAAGCCCACACAAAGUACCUCAACUCAAUCACGCACAAAGGCCUGCUAGGCUCCUCAUCCUCGUCCAAAACCGCAUCCUCUACCAGCAAACAAGAGGAGGGUUUCUUGGUUCAACUGCACCAGAUCCUCAAAAUCAUGCUUUCGUACAAAGACGCCGUGGACGGUCUGUACUCCUUUUCGGUAGCAGAGUUCACGCGAAGACAGGAGCUCAGCGCCAAAAUCGAGACGCGCACAGCCCAGGGCCGCUGGGGCGUCACAGAGCGGGAUCUUCUCUCGUCCAAACGUCCCCGCGGCCACAAAGACUCCGUAUCGUCGAUAUCCCCAUCGCUGGCCUAUACGCCAAACGUGGGCGGCGACGGCAUCGGCACCCCCUCAUCAAUCUCCAACCACGACCUGUCUGCUGACGAUCACAUGCUUGCUUCCCUGCGCGUCCGACUCCGGGAGCUUUCGGCUGAGUUCCGCUCACGCCUGAACAUCCUCUUGGGUGACCUUGCGUACCAGCCUGAUGUCGAUAUGCGCUUCCUCGGUGUGGUCAUGAACUUCAACGAUGUGUACGAACCCGUUCGCAGACGGAGAACCGCCGGGCCUAGCUCCCGCGAUAAGGAGAGAGCCAGACGUAAGGCCGCCGCUGCAACCGCGGAGAGCAGUGCGUCCAAGGAAGCAAGGCGCGAGAGAAAAGAUGCGUACGGGACGGAAACGAGCGGCAAUGGAAGCGGGGCUGGGCUAUAGACAGCUAACUGCUGUCUGGGAGACAACUAUUCAAUUGAGGUUUGUUUAUACAGGUGCACUUGGGUCUUGUCUUGUUUAUGGAGUCCCGGAUAUUGGUUUGGUUGGUUGGCUGGCUGGGAAGGGAAGCGAAGUGGUAAAAGUAAUGAUCAAGUGAUGAUGAUAACCCUACGGUCUAUGCAUAUAGAU